AUGGGGGGGUGGGUGCACCUUGAGUAUAUAUACAGUAUUCCGCUAGAUGAAACGGCAUAUUCUCCUGAAGAAGAAACCGGAGAUAACUACUUUCACAGCAACAGCGAGCAAACGCCGACGCUUUGCGCAAACAUGCAGAUCUUUGUGAAGACCCUCACUGGCAAGACUAUCACUCUUGAGGUUGAGCCAAGUGACACCAUCGAGAAUGUCAAAGCCAAGAUCCAGGACAAAGAAGGCAUUCCCCCUGACCAGCAGAGGCUGAUCUUUGCCGGCAAGCAGCUGGAAGAUGGUCGCACCCUGUCUGACUACAACAUCCAGAAAGAAUCCACCCUCCACCUUGUCCUUCGUCUCAGGGGUGGCAUGCAGAUUUUCGUGAAGACACUGACAGGCAAGACCAUCACCCUUGAGGUAGAGCCAAGUGACACAAUUGAAAAUGUGAAGGCCAAGAUCCAGGACAAAGAAGGCAUUCCCCCAGACCAGCAGAGGCUGAUCUUUGCCGGCAAGCAGCUGGAAGAUGGCCGCACCCUGUCUGACUACAACAUCCAGAAAGAAUCCACCCUCCAUCUUGUCCUGCGUCUGAGGGGUGGCAUGCAGAUCUUUGUCAAGACCCUCACUGGCAAGACCAUCACCCUGGAGGUUGAGCCAAGCGACACCAUCGAGAAUGUCAAAGCCAAGAUCCAGGACAAAGAAGGCAUUCCCCCCGACCAGCAGAGGCUGAUCUUUGCCGGCAAGCAGCUGGAAGAUGGCCGCACCCUGUCUGACUACAACAUCCAGAAAGAAUCCACCCUCCAUCUUGUCCUGCGUCUGAGGGGUGGCAUGCAGAUCUUUGUCAAGACCCUCACUGGCAAGACCAUCACCCUGGAGGUUGAGCCAAGCGACACCAUCGAGAAUGUCAAAGCCAAGAUCCAGGACAAAGAAGGUAUUCCCCCCGACCAGCAGAGGCUGAUCUUUGCCGGCAAGCAGCUGGAAGAUGGCCGCACCCUGUCUGACUACAACAUCCAGAAAGAGUCCACCCUCCAUCUUGUCCUGCGUCUGAGGGGUGGCAUGCAGAUCUUUGUCAAGACCCUCACUGGCAAGACCAUCACCCUGGAGGUUGAGCCAAGUGACACCAUCGAGAACGUGAAAGCUAAGAUCCAGGACAAAGAAGGAAUUCCCCCCGACCAGCAGAGGCUGAUCUUUGCCGGCAAGCAGCUGGAAGAUGGCCGCACACUGUCUGACUACAACAUCCAGAAAGAGUCUACCCUCCAUCUUGUCCUGCGUCUGAGGGGUGGCAUGCAGAUCUUUGUCAAGACCCUCACUGGCAAGACCAUCACCCUGGAGGUUGAGCCAAGCGACACCAUCGAGAACGUGAAAGCCAAGAUCCAGGACAAAGAAGGCAUUCCCCCCGACCAGCAGAGGCUGAUCUUUGCCGGCAAGCAGCUGGAAGAUGGCCGCACACUGUCUGACUACAACAUCCAGAAAGAGUCCACCCUCCAUCUUGUCCUGCGUCUCAGGGGCGGGCAGUGUGCAAACAUGCAGAUCUUCGUGAAGACUCUUACUGGCAAGACCAUUACCCUCGAGGUGGAGCCCAGCGACACCAUCGAGAACGUCAAGGCCAAGAUCCAGGACAAAGAAGGCAUUCCCCCAGACCAGCAGAGGCUGAUCUUUGCUGGCAAGCAGCUGGAAGAUGGCCGCACCCUGUCUGACUACAACAUCCAGAAAGAGUCCACCCUCCAUCUUGUCCUGCGUCUGAGGGGUGGCAUGCAGAUCUUCGUCAAGACCCUCACUGGCAAAACCAUCACCCUGGAGGUUGAGCCAAGCGACACCAUUGAGAACGUCAAGGCCAAGAUCCAGGACAAAGAAGGCAUUCCCCCUGACCAGCAGAGGCUGAUCUUUGCCGGCAAGCAGCUGGAAGAUGGCCGCACACUGUCUGACUACAACAUCCAGAAAGAAUCCACCCUCCAUCUUGUCCUGCGUCUCAGGGGUGGCAUGCAGAUCUUCGUCAAGACCCUCACUGGCAAGACCAUCACCCUGGAGGUCGAGCCAAGUGACACCAUCGAGAACGUGAAAGCCAAGAUCCAGGACAAAGAAGGCAUUCCCCCCGACCAGCAGAGGCUGAUCUUUGCCGGCAAGCAGCUGGAAGAUGGCCGCACCCUGUCUGACUACAACAUCCAGAAAGAGUCCACCCUCCAUCUUGUCCUGCGUCUCAGGGGCGGGCAGUAAAGCAUUCCAUGUUGUUAACUGCUGUCAAUCCAUUUUUUUUAAUAAUAUGACCUGCAUGAUGAGCAGAGCUGAAUAAAAAGUUAAAUUAAAUGU